UUGCCGCCGGCUAUAUAUAGAGGCGGGCGGCGCGGCGCCGGGAUGCAGCGGGCUGCUCGCGUCCCGCGCCGGAGCGCUCCCGCCCCAACCGCCAUGAACCGCGUCCUGUGCUGCGCGCUUGUGUUCUUGGAUAUUUCAAUUAAAUGGGCCACCCAGGAAACCUCUCCCCCAAAGUACCUCCAUUAUGAUCCAGCUACAUCUCAUCAACUGAUGUGUGACCUGUGCCCUCCUGGAACAUAUGUAAAACAGUACUGUACAGCUACAAGGAAAACUGAAUGCUCACCAUGUCCAGAUCAGUACUACUCCGAGGACUGGAACAGCAAUGAUGAAUGCCAGUACUGCAGUGUGGUAUGCAAAGAGCUACAGUAUGUUAAGCAAGAAUGCAACAGCACACAGAACCGCAUCUGUGAAUGCAUUGAAGGGAGAUAUCUCGACCUAGAAUUUUGUUUAAAACACACAGAAUGUCCUCCUGGAUCUGGUGUUGUCAAACCAGGUACCCCUGAGAGUGACACCAGUUGUAUGAGAUGCCCAGAGGGAUUUUUCUCAAAUGAAACUUCAUCCAAAACACCCUGUAAGAAGCACACAAACUGUAGUGCACUAGGCCUUAAAACAGCAUCAAAAGGAAAUGCAGUUCGUGACAACGUGUGUCAGGGAAACCGCGAUGCAUCAGCUCAAAAAUGUGCAGUAGAUGUAACCCUGUGUGAGGAAGCAUUGUUCAGAUUUACUGUUCCAACCCAACUCUCCCCUAACUGGCUGAACGUACUAGCAGACAAUUUGCCUGGCACAAAGAUUACUGCAGAAAAUAUAGAACGGAUUAAACAAAGACGCAGUUCUCAAGAACAGGCCUUCCAAUUGUUGAAAUUAUGGAAGCAGCAAAACAAAGAACAAGAUAUGGUCAAGAAGAAAAUUCGAGAUUUUGAUCUUUGUGAAAAUAGUGUCUUAAAACAUAUUGGCCAACUUAAUCUCACCUUUGAACAUCUCAGCAUCUUGAUGGCAAGUUUACCAGGAAAGAAAGUGGGAAAAGAAGAUAUUGAGCGCACCAUGAAACUGUGUACACCUACAGAACAAAUUCUAAAGCUCCUCAACCUGUGGAGAAUAAAAAAUGGAGAUCAAGAUACUAUAAAUGGCCUACUGUUUGGGUUGAAGCACUUGAAAACAUACGACUUUCCCAAAACAACAAUCCAAAGUCUGAAGAAGGUUGUCAAGGUUCUUCACAGGUUUACAAUGUAUAGAGUCUCCCAGAAAUUAUUUUUAGACAGGGUAGGGAACCAAGUUAAAAUGGUGAAAAUGAGAAGUGUUUAAUUCAAGAUGUUUUUCCUUUACUCUCCAGUGACUACUUCCCCCUAAUUACUGCUAGCAGUAAUUAAACUGGAACAUUAUUUUCCCUAUCUUAUGCCUAACUAUUUAUAGAAAUUCCUGACUGGAACAGCUCUAAGGUGUCAGCUAUGAGGUUGAGGGUUUUUUUGUUUUGGGGUUUGGUUUUGGGUUUUUU